GGUAUCCCGACAUACAUGAUAAUAAAUGCAACUGGUCUGGAACCUCCUGGCGUUUUCAUUAAACUAGAACUUCUAAAUCUUCAAGGACAAACAAUACGUGAAUUCCCCUUACAACUCAAUGUUUCAAAUCCUUCCAUCUAUACUAUACCGAUGUUUCUUCCUCCAAGUGAAUUUUUUCAUCUGCGAGUAUCGGGUAUUGAUAAACAAAAUUACUUGUUUCAUAGAUUGUCUUCAACUGCAGUCAGUCCGCUAAAGCCAGUUGCUCCACGUGUUAAAACGACCACUAAAACACCAGGAUAUUAUGGAGAUACAGCGACGCUUACAUGCAACGUAGAUAGCUUGAUACCGUAUACAGUGCUUUGGGAAAAAGACUCAUCUCCUCUUGGCAAACCACUGUAUUAUGCAGAUUCGGGAAGCUAAAUGGGAAAUCAGUAAUGUAAACACAUACUCGGAAGGCUUCUAUACUUGUACGGCUAAAAGUACCGCUGGAGAAGGACAAGCUACAACAUUCCUAGAUGUAACAGAGCCACCACCGAGCAUAGAUAUACCUCUCAAUGUAAGCGUCUUACCUGGUAGAAAUGCUGUGCUGACAUGUACUGCAUAUAGUACGGUACAAUUCAACAUGACGUGGACAAAACCAGACAGUUUUGUUGUUUUAUCAAGGCACCCAAGAGUGAAGUUUCUUCCCAAUGGAUCCUUAAAAAUCAGGAAAGUUAACCAGGCAGAUGGUGGUAGAUACCAGUGUAUUGCGUCAAAUGAAGGUGGUUCGAGUGUCAAAGAUGUCUUCCUAGCAAUACAAGAGAGUGGAUUGUAUGCAUGUAUUGCUAGUAAUACUGCUGGAACGGACAAGAAAUCUUUGCAUGUUACUUACAUUGAGGCAGCAAGGAUACGUUUACUUAGGCGUAAAGUUUUAGUUAAGUAUGGAGAGACAGCUAAGUUGAAUUGUCCUGCUAAAGGAAUACCUCCACCUAUAAUCACAUGGUUUAAGAAAGGUUUCCCUGUGUUGAGUUCUGGCUUCACUGAGAUCCAACCAAAUGGUGAUUUAUUAAUCGUCGGAACUAAAGAGAUGGAUUCCGAAGAAUAUACUUGUAUCGCAACCAACUCUGCCGGAUCAGACAGUGAUGUUAUUACUUUAGAUGUUGGCA